AUGACUUCUCAUUUAAAUAAUCUAAAAGCUACGUUAAGCUAUCAAAACCCCGGAUUUCAGCCGGAUAUAAAUGAUAGCAAAACACAAUAUCGUCGAACGGUUUCUUAUAAUGAUUAUUAUACUUUGCCAGAAACAGAGCUUCCAGAACAAAGGCCAACAAUAUCAUCAUUACCAAUUACUCAUGUCUCAAUACCGAUUCCAGAGACAAAAGUACCUAUUAAUCAUCAUGAAAUAAAAGAUGGACGACAGCGAUUUCGUUGGAAUUUAAUCUUCAAUGUAUUAGUUUGGAUUAUAUGUCCAUUACCUUUUUGGCUUCCAUUUCUCUCUAAUAAAGCAGCUAUCUAUGUCUUACCAUCUAUACAAGGUACUUUUGUACUCAUUUGGUUUAUCAUCAGUAUUCUUGCAGCACGAAAUGCAUUCCUUAUUUUCCAUUAUCGACAUCGAGAUUAUUCCGCCAUGUUAACAAUUGAAGAAAGAAAUAAGAUCCGACAUGUGGUUGCCAUUAGUUGUUAUAAAGAGCCGUUAGAAUUAAUCAAGCGAAGUGUUGAUACACUUGCAGCUCAAACUGAAGUUAAUCGAAUAUCAAUGGUAAUUUCAUUUGAAGAACGUACGCCAGAUGUACAUCUUAAAUGUCAAACAUUAGAAGAUUAUUAUUCAAAAACUGGUUUUCGAGAUCUUAUUUUUACUAUUCAUCCAUAUGAUAUACCAAAUGAAAUUCCAGGUAAAUGUUCUAAUUCAAAUUAUGCUUUACGUACAGCAGUACAACAAUUAAAAUUAAAUGAUGAACAAAAUGGAAAUCAUAUUUUAGUAACAACAUGUGAUGCUGAUUCACAAUUUCAUCGUCAAUAUAUAGCUGCAUUAACUUAUCAAUAUGUAAAAGAUAAUUAUCCAACAUUAACAACAAUUUAUCAACCACCACUUUUUUAUAAUUGGAAUUUAGAUAGUUUAUCAUUUUUUACGCGAAUUACAGGUUUAUUACGAAGUACAUUAAUGUUAGGUGCAUUAAUACCAUUUUCAAUAAAUACAAUGAGUAUUUUUUCAUUUUCAUUAACAUUGGCUAAAAGUGGAAAUUAUGUUCAUCCAGCUUAUCAAAUGGAUGAUAUCAUAUGUCUUAUUCGAUGGAUGGGUGUAACAGGUCGUCGUCUUUCUAUUCAUAUGGUUCCUGUACCUGUACUAAGUGGACCAACAUGUGGUCGAACAAUUGAAUAUGAAUUUAUGGAAUGGGCAAGACAAGCAAGACGAUGGACAAUUGGUGCAGCUGAAGUCUUUCAUUAUUUUAUGGUUAAAUCUCGGCAUAUUCCAUUUUUAACAUCACUUUCAUGGUCCCUGACUUUUCUUAUUUAUUACGGUAUAUUACUCUGUUCAAGUGGUCUCUAUAGUUUGACGUCUUUUCUUGCUACAUUAUUUCUCGUUGAAGAAAUUCCAAUUAAUAUCAUCUAUACAACAUAUCUACUAUUUUCAAUUCAAAUGUUCUCAUUUUUAAUUGCUUUUAUUAUUGAUAUAUUUAUUCCUCGUUUGUUAGAUGUACAUGAAUGUAUAUUUUUUUUACGAAAUCUUUUUCAUUUUUUGAUGACACCUUUUGUACUUAUUGCUUAUUCACUAGUCGAAUUUUAUGCUUUACAUGAAGUUAUGAUACGAGGUAAAAAAGUUUGUAAACACGGAGCAUCAAAUAAAAAUACACUUUAA